AAAAUUGGCCCAUUUACUGAAAUCACGAGAGAAGAAACCAAAUUAAUAAUAAACUUUUUAAAAAGCAACAAAUCUCUGAAAAUAACGGAUCCCCAACGAGCAGGUGUUAGCUCUAAUGUUAUCCAUUCAAUUGAGCUCAAACUAGCACCCAAGAAGAAAGUAUUGGAACACCUGGACAAUAAAGGUGACUUACCACCUCGAGUAGCAACGGUUUCCUUAUUUAGAGCAGAUGUCAUUCCACCAAUUGUAGAAGAAUAUGAAGUUGGUCCUCUACCUGGAAUAGAAUACGCCAGAGUUGUCAACACCACUGCUAGAAAAACCAAAAUACCAUUUCAUGUUAGACCAUUUAGUAUGGCCGAAUUCAGACCAAUCUACCAAAGAGUUCUUCCAUUGGUAAGCAAGAAAGCUAGGAAGUUACUUAACGAAAGUUACGGAGCUGUUUAUGGGAACUGUGGCAAAAAAUGUUUGAAAUUUUCGAUGACUCCAAUUUCCUCUGCUUUCCUUGCUAAAGGUGAACGAAAAGCAUGGUUUUGGUUUGCUUAUGAUCUUGAGUUUUACACCUUACAUCCGCUGGAUUUCCAGUUUCUGGUUGAUAUGUCAGAUAUACACCCUGGAAAGUGGAAAGUCCAAAACGUAUGGUAUGCUAGUAAACUGUAUCCAUCUCUGGAUGAUCUGCUAGAAAAGUACGAGAAGAAUCAAACGAAUAAAACGAGAGUUUCAUACCCACAAGAGGACAUUAAAGACAUACCCACUUCUUUACAUUUAAGAGGAGAGGAAUCAUUUCCCCGGCUAGAUCAGGAAGCACCACGUCAAUAUGAACCUAAUGGUCCUCGUUAUACAGUUCGCGGUAACCAAGUUCAGUACAUGAAAUGGCAGUUUACCUAUAGAUUGUCGCCGACGGUUGGCAUCCAGUUAUUCGACGUGAGACAUGCAGGAGAGAGAAUCGUAUAUGAACUAAGUAUGCAGGAAAUUGCCGUGCUAUACACUGCUCAUAACCCAGCUUCCAGUAUGUUAUAUUUUGCCGAUAGUGCUGGUUUAUUUGGAACCAGAACGAGAGGACUGGUGCCAGGCAUUGACUGUCCUUCCUAUGCUAAUUAUCAAGACAUUGAAAUCUAUGCGGCUAAUAACGGCGGUCAAAGACGCUUGAGAAAUGCUGUGUGUAUAUUUGAACAAAACAAUCUGAUGCCUCUAAGAAGGCAUCGCGCUUAUGGCAAAAUUGACUCUUUCUUUGGGGGACUAUUGGACAAUACCUUAGUUCUGCGUAUAGUUAUUUCAGUGAUAAAUUAUGACUAUGUAUAUGACUUUGUGUUUCACAAUAACGGUGCCAUAGAAGUGAAAGUAGCUUCAACUGGUUAUUUAGCGUCCGGGUUCUAUACUCCGGCAGAAGAGCCAUAUGGUACUAGAAUUCGGAAGAACGUCGUGGCACAUCUUCAUCAUCAUCUCUUUCAUUUUAAAGCUGACAUUGACGUUAAAGGAACUUCAAAUCGGUUUUCGACAUGGUCUAUUAAGACCGAAAAUAAGACAGACGAGUGGAGUUCCAGGCCGAACAAUUGGCAUUCGCAAACCAAAAUCAAGAAGAGCCUUAAACAAACUGAAUCUAGUGCGGCAUAUCGCUAUAACUUUAAUCACCCAAAAUAUCUUUUAUUUUCUAAUGCUAACAAGACGGACAACUUAGGGAAUGUUAAAUCGUACAGGCUUAAAAUAUCAGGAAUGUCCAAAAUGAAGCUUCCGGUAAAUCAAGGCUUUGAACCUUCGGUGUCUUGGUCUCGAUAUCAGAUGGCAGUAACAAAACAGAAGGAUGAAGAAUACACAAGUAGUUCAGUGUACGCAAUGUGGGACGCCACAGAUCCAGUGGUCAAUUUCCAGAAAUAUCUCGACGAUGAUGAAAAUAUUGUAGAUGAGGAUCUAGUAAGUUGGAUCACGCUAGGAACAUAUCAUAUACCACAAACAGAACAUAUGCCAAAUACUCCGACAGUUGGUGGUCAUCUCACCUUCCUCAUAACACCAUUCAACUAUUAUAGUGAAGAUCCGUCCAUGGCUUCCAGGGACGCAAUCCGCAUCGAUCCAAAAGAUAAACGACGACCACUAGCUGGUGCAAAUGUCACACGCUACGGGCUUCCAAUUGAUAGAACCUUCUACAAUGAUACCAUGUCGCUAGAAGAACAGGUGGAACAUGAUAGUGAAUUUUUAUUUUUCUGA